AUGGAUGGUGACCAUACACUAGAUGAACAGAAAAACUUUGAUGGCCCCGACGAUAAAACUUCAGCAGUGAAUAAUUUAAUUUUAGAGUACUAUAAAAAAUUCGGAAAGAAACGUGAUUUAGAGCAGUUUUUCUCAUUGUCCACUGCUCAAAAUGAAAUAAGGGACCCAACUAGUUCAUUUUGGAAAAGAAUGAAGGCAUUGAGUGAUUCGUCCGAUUCCGGCGACAAAAAGAGCGAGUCGUCGGCAGAGCUUUGUAGAAUUUCUAUUCGAUGCUCUAUGCCAGAGGCUAGUACUUCCCAUCAAAAGGAGGAAACUAGAAAAAACACUGAUUCAGAUUCUCCACCAAUUAUCACUGAAGUUUAUGAACAAGAAAGUUCUGAUAAAUCUGAUGUUCAAUCUCUUAAAUCUGCUGAUGGAACACUAGAUACUUCUACUAAUAAACAUUUAUCACCUACCAGUAGUAUUACAUCACAGCGAAAACUGGAGUGGGACUCUUUAGCAGAUGUCGGUUAUGGAAAUGAGAGUGACAAAAAAACAUCUGCAUCUAGUCUCAGUACAUUAGAAAGAUUAGCAUUACAACAACAGUACUGUAAUGAUUCACAACAAACAAGCUUAGGAAUACCUACAGCACAUUCUACACCUCUAGAACCCACUGACACAAAAAAUUCAAUGACUAAAACAAAAGGAAAGAAAGAUCUUCUAAAAAGAACUACAAAAAUAUUGAAUAAAGACACAGAUUAUAUUGAAAUGAGCCUUCCGCAAAUACCGGAAGCUAGCCAAUCCAUAAAUUUCAAUCUAACAAAACAUAUUACUUUAAAUGUUGACAAAAAGGGUGAAGUAAACUUAGAAAAUGUUACAAAAAAUAUAUCAACUGCCCCAAAUGAAACCCAAAAAGUGUCUGUUGAAACAGAUAUGACACAACAAGAAAAAAAUGACAAGGAAAUACAAACCACUUUGAUGAAAGGAAAAGCUAAUGAAUAUCAUAUGUCUCUAAACUUACCUAAAUAUCCUGUUUCUGUUAACCUAAAUACUCUUAAAAAACAAAACAGGAAAAGGAAAUUUAGAAGAUUUAUAAGAAAAUCUAAGUUUAAGAAAGAAUCUAAACCUUCAAAAGAAAAUAAACUUAAAGAUAAAAGUGGUGAGCAGAUAUCUGCUGCUGAAAGUUUUGAAUACAUGCCUGCUCAUAUAUACCACCAAAACCAAAUAAAUGAUCAACAUGAAGUCACUGAACCAUCUCGGGAAGGAGACAAUAAAUCCAGUCUUGAAUCAAGUGCUGGCAAUACUACUGACUCAAGGAAAGGUAAAAAUUCAUUUGCUAAUGACUUAGAAAAGUGUUUAGAUCUGUUAAAAAUGACCUUGAAUAAAAAGCACACUGACAAAGAAUUAAAGAAAAAACUUGUUAAAGAAAUAGUUCAAAGACUUUUAAAGAAUAGGUAUAAAGAUGAUACGGAUAGCACAGAUUUCUUGUCUGGUCUAAGUUUUAGCAGCAAGAAAUUAGAUAUGGGCCACACAACAACAAGUACCUCAGAUAGUAAUAACACAGCAGAAAUGAAUUUCCUGAAACCCAAAAAAUCUAUUUUGCGUACUGAUAAAUUCAAUUCCAAAAUCUUGCCGUCCACUUCACAAAGCACGCCGAACCUACCCUCCGUAAUUAAGACUGAAAUAAAAAAUGUUACUAAAACGCAUGUUUCUUCAAACACGGAUUCUGAUCUGGCUAAAGACGCAAAAACCUCAUCAGAAGAAUUAUACCAAAAAUAUCUUUUAGCACUACGGAGAGAGCAGGCAUACAAAAAUCAUUUAAGAGACAAAGAAGCACUUUUCAAACAAAAACUAGUUGGCUCUGACAAUAUACUUAAUAAACAAGAUGUCAAAGCACAUAAUAGGAUCAAAGAUUUGAUGAAAGACCUUGUUAGAAACAACUAUGAUGAUGGUUCAGGUGAUGCAAGUAAAUUGGAAGGUUGUUCCAAUAGUCAUAUUGAUUUAAAUGUUCAAAAUCCUAUUAGGAAACACAGAAGCCAUUCAGUGUUUACUUUAUCUUCUGGAACAUCAGAUAACCAACAAAAAGCAAGCCUUAAAAAGACAGAAAUUGGGGCUACACAUGCAACUUGCAGUAAGACCAACAAACAUUACUGUUGCUGUCCUUUUCACACAGUUAAUAAGCUUGGUGUAACUGACAGUGCUGUGCAAGUGAAUAUCCUAUGCCAUGAGGAUAAACAUCCUGACCAACAUCCAAUUAAUCCUAAUCAGAAGCGAUUAUGUGGAAAAUGUUCAACCUUAUCCCCUAACACUAGUAAAUUUGUAACAGACAUAAAAACAAAUGAUAUUAGGUAUGUAUGUUUGUGCAAGGAGACAGAUGAUCAAGUUCCUGAUAAUAUUCUGAUUUAUAAAUGUUCUCGGCUAGACACCGGGGUCAGUUUAAAAUCCAAUAAGACUGAGACCUCAGACUGUCCUAAUAUAAUAUAUAAAGAAAAGAAAGACAAAGAAAAUAUUACCAUGUCUAAAAAACCUACUCCUAAAGGUAAAUUGUUAAAAUAUGAAGUUUCAAGCACAAAAUCAUCUCAAACUAAUUUGAAUUUAAGUGAAAUAUUACGACAAAAGGGCAGUAACAAAAGCCCUGCAUCUGCUUCAACAGUACAAGAAAUCCCUUCCAAUGUACUUGAUUCUAUAGAUAAAAAACUAAAAAAGAAAGCUACUAAAUUAGUUCAUGAAGCAAUACGUUGCACACAAACUGAUAUUACUAUAAAUCCAAAAAUUCCUGAUCCUACUUAUUCUGACAUUCAAAUUAUAGAUAAAAAGGACUGCGCAAAAUUAAUAAGUGAACAUUUUAAAAGAGUUUCAGAUGACAAUAUGAAAACAAGUUCUGAUGACCUUACAGAUUUAAAGACUGAUAGCUCAGACAAUACCUUAAACAAAAACGUAUCACCAGCUUUGUGUUGCAGUGAGGAAGAGAAGAGAAUUAAACCAGUCAUAGAAGCUAGUUCAUCAAGUAAUCUUGGGAGCCAAUGUAAUUUACUGAAGGAAAGAAAAUAUUCUAUUCCUAUAGAAGGUACUAACAUGACGCUUAAAGUUAGUUUAGGUGACACAGAAGUUUUAUCACACACUAUACCAAAGACAUCCUUACCGGUUUCUUCUAUUGACAAUGUUAUCCUUGCAUCGAAAAACACUUCAACAGAAAAACCUAAAAGCGUUGACAACUCUACAUCUCUGAUAGAAGAGUGUUCAGUUGGUGUACAAUCAAAUGACAAUAAUAUAUUUAAUGACUUUUAUAAACAAAGAACAGUUAAAUCUUCCAUUACACAGGAGGUACCUAAAAAUAAUUUAGAUAUCAUAAAUUCUGCAAGAAGUAAUUGCGAAGGACGUAUUAUUUACAAUACUUAUCCUAAAGCAGAUAAAACAAACACAUUGAAACCUUUACUACGUUCUAAUACUGACACUGGUAAGAUGGAAAGAGGUUCACACGUUACAUUUGACGAACUUAAUAAUAAUAAAGAGCAUACAGCUGCUUCUUCUCUAAAGAAAAAAACAAUAUCAGUGGCAACUGCCACUCAUGACAUUAGCCUUGUUAAUUUAAAAAAAUCUUCACAAAGUAGUAAGGAGCCCGAGAGUUCAAAGUCAAUAUCUGACUGUGAAUCACAAACAAAAUCCUCAAGUACAAAUGCUGACAGUGCCAAAGAUGAUGUAGCAAAAGAUCCUUUGAUCGAUUUAAUCCAAGGUAUUACCAAGAGAUAUUCUAAAACCGACAUAGAAAGGAAUAAAAGGAAAAAGUGUUUCAAAGAAAUUAUUACUGUUCUUAACUAUUUAUUGGAUACUGAGGACAGCUCAGAUCGGGAACCAAAGUCUGGUUCAUCUACAGAAGACCCGGAGAAAGUUGAUAAAUUAAAAAUGAAAAGUACAAAAUCUGUACCCACAAAGCUAUAUGUUGAUAAGGCAGUCCAACCAUCAAUUGAACCAAAAUUAAAUAAACAUACUGAAUCUUCAGGCUUGCCAACAUCUACUGAGUUCACUACUUCCACUGAUUCAACGACGUGCCAAGUACUUAACAAGAUAAAGAAGGAAUGUGAUAAAUAUCAUCAGAGACGCUGUAAAUCACACGUAAGCAGGAAGUGUGAGGAAUCCAGCAGUACAUCUAUGAACUGCGAUCAGUGUAGGCGUGUCCAUCAUUGUUAUUGCAAAGGUUCCAAAUGCAAAAAAGAAAAGUCAAGAAAGAAAUGUGUCGCGUACAAUUUAAUACUGCAAUCGGAUAGUUUAGUUAGCGAAGAGACCAUCUAUGAAAAGAACGAUCGCCCGUUGCGGAAUAUAAUAGUAAAGGUACCGAAACGUAAAUACGAGAAUGUGCCAUUUAGAGAAGUGUCGGCGAAAUUCGAAAGGGCGAUGCAGCACAUGCCCCACUGUCCAAAGGUUCAUAGGUCGAAGAGUUUACCGGAUGAUAAUGACGCGUCGAGUACCGAGGAUAUGAUACGACAGACUCAAGCAUACUCUUUGAAGGAGUACUUGGAAAGAAAUCGUCCAGAUUUUGUAGAGAAAAGCUCCCAGCGCCAAAGCUGUUUGAAGAUGAUUAAUGAAACGAGAGCACACGAAAGGGCAACCAAGCGCGAGUUGCUGUCGGUGCAAGUGGGUCAACGAGAUGCAUUGAGUGCGCUAUCACAGAAUGAACUGCUCACUUUCGCGAAGCAGCUUGGUACCCAGCUCAGAACGAGAAAGCUGGCACCCAAAUUCAUAAGUGAACGGGACAUGAAACGACAUUCGCAGAAAAUUUACAAAUCACUGCCAGAAGUUCAACGGAAGAAAGAGGAAAUUAAAAAAGAGAGUCAAAAAAAGACUAAUUUACUCCUUGCAAAUAUUUUUAAAAAGAAUCUACAAAAGAAAACUUUACAAGGCGCCGUUAAUUUAUCAAAUUAUAGUACAAUAAUUAAGAUUUAG